GUGGUUUCGAGACUUCUGCCGGGCAGACUUCUCAGGAAUGCGCACCUUCCUUGAACAAAUCACACUGAAACCAGCUCCAGUGGAAGAACUAUAUAGGACCAUGGUCCAGAAAGUUCACGAGGCUGACGCGACGUUCGUCCCAAAAAAAACCAGCACGCGCCCGGAUGAACCGCAGGAUGCCAAAAAGGAUUCGGCGACUUCUGAAAAAACGUCCCAACUCUUUUUCAAAGAGUUGACUUCAGAGGAUGCAGAAGAUGAGAUGGCAUUUCGUAAUAUGCGGAACCGCUGUAAAUCGGAAAUCCGCCAAUGGAACAUACGAAAACAAGCCACCAUUCUGGACCUCGCUCGAAAAAACACAAACGUACUGUUCAAAUACUACUUAAUUUCUGGACAAGUCCGUGUUUAUGUUCCCGAUACGGAACUUCGAGUGACAAUCCCGAAUAUCAAAGGAAGAAUUGGUUCGAAAUUCUACGGUUCUAUUCAUACAAGGCAACCUCAAUUGUUGACGUUCGUGGCGUCAACAAGUUCACUUUCACUGACCCGCUCAGUGCAGUGUCAACGUCCGCACGCCAAGCAACCUCGGGUGGGUUUAUUGAUUGUUGAUCAGAUGGCUGUUGAUCUGUCCGCCGAGCUUGGCAAUCGACUGGCAAACGUUUCGUCACCAUACGAGAUUAUGGUACCUUCAACAGAACUGGCAAUAAUCACUUCGUACACACCUAAUAUUUUCUAUUUCCCAACCAUGACGUUUCUUGAACUCAAGUGCAAGCUUGCUAAUUACGUGGAUGUGACAUUCCGAGGACCUACUGACAGGCUAGCUGCACAAGCCCUACUUCGACACAUAUUCCCAAAGACAGAUUGCUGCGUUGUCGAUAUGAAGGUUUUAGAUGAUGGUCUUUCUAAUCAACUGGUCCUACUCACCUGCGACAAACAACUUUCGGGACAUUCGUGUGCCCGCAAAUCGUUGCUCGUACGCAUUUACGGCUUAGUGACCAACAGUUUGAUUGACAGGACUAUGGAAUUGUUGUGUAUGACAGCGUUUCAUGCACACGGAGGGAUGCCAAAAGUUUAUGCGGUUUUCAAUAAUGGUAUUGCCUAUUCUUUCAUCCCCGGGCGAACUCUUCCACCGACUGACCUUGGAUCUCCCAAAUACUGGAGGGAACAAGUUUCUGUAUGUUUGUCUCUCCCGGACCCCGUCGAUCCCAUUCCGUGUACACUACGAAAGUAUGGAUUUCCUUCCAGUUUGUGUAGAUUGAUUGCUUCAGAACUAGCCCAGUUUCACUGUCUUCUCGUUCGGGAUCCCCUAAUCCAAGCCUAUGGAAAAGCAUCAACUGACCCUGGCCCUCAGGACUGUGUCACAUUCCCAAGACUGUAUGCUUGGAUUUCUUUACUGAAGACCAAAUCCGGAACAAAUGGUUUCUGCGAGCACCGCCUUCCCUCGAUCUCAGACCUCCUACAUGAAGUUGACGAGAUGGCAUCCAUCCUUCAGCAUGCUUCGACCCCGAUUGUCUUGUGUCACAACGACCUACUUGCCGGAAACAUCAUAAUUUCUCCCGACGAAAAGUCAGUUCACUUCAUUGACUUGGAGUACAGUGGGUUCGCCCGUGCAGCUGCUGAUAUCGGCAACCAUUUUUGCGAAUACGCAGGUGUCGAUCAUCCAGACUACACUAACUACCCAUCCCUCCCGUUCCAACGAGACUGGAUGAGAUGUUAUCUUCAGCAUGUGCGUGAUUUUCAAACUCAUUGCCCUCCACCAGUCUCCAACCCCGUGAACGGAGAUCGAGUUCCGGUGAACGGAGGAGAUACAUCUUCCUUCGUCCUUGAAGAUGACCCAAUGACCACUACCGUAGAGAUUGAUCAGUGGCUUCGAGAAGUCAACUACUUCGCACUGGUCGCUCACUUAACCUGGUCCAUUUGGGCAGCAGUUCGUUCGUGCGAUGAUGAACACAAGUUUAACUUCGCCGCCUACUCGAUGACGCGAAUCAAUGAAUACCAUCGAAUGAAGAAAAUAAUCCUUGCCACUUUUGUUGAAGGACAAAAAGCGCCUGAGGAUUUUGUGAUACCGUGACUCUAUGCAUGCCUCGUCUUUGCUUUUCUCAGUUGUUUUAUCAUUGUUUUAUCGUAAUCCGAUGGCCUCGCCCGUGAUAUUUGCUGGUCAGAAAGCCCUCCGGCGCUCAUCCACCUUAAUGGUAAGGCAAAACCCUGCCAAUCCACUUUUUUCUCUCUCUUAUUGUUUAGCCUUCUUGUUUGUUGCGGUUUAUGGAGUCUUGUUCAUUUUUUUACUCAGCACAGCUAUUUUUGGUGCCCAAUCUUUUGUCAUGCGGUUCCAGCCUUUUGGAAUCCAAUACAUGUGGUCC